AUGACGUGCGGGCUGCGAGGCGUCACCGCGACGUUCGGGCAACCUACCGAGCGGCCCUACCUCCACCACCUGUGCGGUGGCGGUGUCGUCAUGGACCUGGGACCGAUGCGCAAGAGUUACCGCGGGGACCGAGAGGCAUUUGAGGAGACUCAGCUGACCUCCCUGGACCCCGUGAAGCAGUUUGCUGCCUGGUUUGAGGAGGCUGUUGAGUGUCCUGACAUAGGGGAAGCCAAUGCCAUGUGCCUGGCUACAUGUACCAGAGACGGAAAACCCUCUGCCCGCAUGGUGCUGCUGAAGGGCUUUGGCAAGGAUGGCUUCCGUUUCUUCACUAACUUCGAGAGUCGAAAGGGAAAAGAGCUGGACUCCAAUCCCUUUGCUUCUCUUGUCUUCUAUUGGGAGCCUCUCAACCGUCAGGUGCGUGUGGAGGGCUCCGUGAAGAAGCUGCCUGAGGAGGAGGCUGAGUGCUACUUCCACUCCCGCCCCAAGAGCAGCCAGAUCGGGGCCGUGGUCAGUCACCAGAGUUCUGUGAUCCCCGAUCGGGAGUAUCUGAGGAAGAAAAACGAGGAACUGGAACAGCUCUACCAAGAGCAAGAGGUGCCAAAGCCAAAAUACUGGGGUGGCUACAUCCUGUACCCACAAGUGAUGGAGUUCUGGCAAGGCCAAACCAACCGCCUUCAUGACCGGAUCAUCUUUCGGCGGGGCCUGCCAACAGGAGACUGCCCUUUGGGGCCCAUGACCCACCUUGGGGAGGAAGACUGGCUCUACGAGAGACUUGCACCCUGACUUCCAAUCUGUUCGUGCCGACCAGAGCUGAGGCCGAGUGCUAAGAAGGGUGUGGGGUCUGGAGCCAGACCCUUCUAAACUCAACCCAUUUCCCUCCCUACCCCUUAUAUUUAAGGCUGUCCAGAGUUCAAGCUCCAAAUUCUGUAUUUUCAGUUGGCUUUCAAGUAGGUGGUCUAGUAGAGUGGAUAGACAUUUACAAAUGGGAAAAAAAGAAAUCCCACAAUUAUGUUCUUGACCUUGAAUGUGAUUUAUUGGGAGAGCUCCCUCAAGAGGUAAUAGCUGGUGUGAUUCCCUUUUUCUGGUGACCCUGAGAGGACCCCCAGCUGCCCUGUUACCAGUGUGACUGAGCCAUACUGCCCAAAGCUGAUUGGUUCCAGCGUAAGCACCUGAGCCAGUCUAGCCAAUCGUUUUUUCUUGUCAACAAUUUGAAAUUUGAAAUGAAGAGAUCCAGAGUCUGAGAGGCAUUGUAGCCAAGUCGUUAAUGGCAGCCAAGAAGAUACAACCUCCAGCUGCUGCUCUUGAAAUUCCCUGAGUGACCUUGGAUCCCUUCUCCCACCUCUGGGUUGUGCAAUUCCUCCUCCUGCCUCAAAACACCCACUAUCCUGUGGGGGGUGGGGUGGGGGAGGAGGAAAGGAAGAGGCAGGGAAGAGGAAGGGAAGGAAGGGAAGAAGGAAGUUAGGAAGGAAGUUGUUUGGCGCUUAAACUAGCUAGAAUCAAUGUCUGUUGCUUGCAACUAAAGGAGACUUAACUUAUUUACUUGUGUACCCUACUGAUAACUGCCCCCCAUUAUCUGAAGCACCACGAUGUGGAAAAGAGAUUAAAUUUCUCUGGAGCUCCAAAGGCACCAUAAGUGGAAGUUGCACAGAAGUAGAUUUCAUCUCAAUGUGAGGAGAGACUUCAAAUAGCCAGGACUGCCUAAGAUGGAGUGGACUACCUGGUAGGUAGCAAGUGUCUCUAGAAGUAUUCAAUCCCAGGUAGUCAGGAGUUUUAUAGAAGGGAUUCAUGUGCUGGUACCUAUCAGCCUGGCAGAUUUCAAGCAAGCUUUACUUUCCAUGCUUGUUUAUGAGAAUUAUAUCUGCGUGUAUAUAUACAUACAUAUAUAUAUUUCAUUUUCCAGAUAUAAAAUUGUUAUAGGGAUUAUACCUUUCUGACUACUCCUACAUCCCCUUCACCUAUCUCCCCCCCCCCCCACCUCUACUGAUGAUGACUCCUAGACACUGGUUUUCUUCCAUGCUGGAAUUACUCAGGGAGCUUUAAUCAGAUGUGAUUUAACUGGCCCGAGUGUGGUCCGAGCUUUGGGAAAUUGAAAAGCUCCCCAGGGAAUUCAGUGUUGCCAAAAGUCGAGAGCCUCUGGUUUAGAUCCUUGCCACUCGCAGUGUGGUCCACAGACCAGCAGCAGCAAUACCACUUGGGAGCCCCAGACUCGUGGAUCCCAUUCUACAUUAAAAAAAAAAAAAUUUUU